CUUGAUGGGAACCAAGCCCAACGAGAGAGUACUGGUAAAUUGGGCCUAGGCCCAAUUCGGAUCCCGUCCAUCAAAAGGAGCAUCCGGCCCAGGUAAAAUGUACCGGGCCGGUCACAGGAAGGUUGUCCGUAGAGAAAGAUAGGAAAAGGAAGAGAGGUGGGGCUUAAGGAUGGGCUGGAGCCAGCCCAUUAAGGGCACCCACAAAGAGAGGAAUCCUAUGAGAAGUUUGGGGAGUCCCCCCCUUUCACUUGAAGGGACAAAGACGAGGAGAAAGAGACGGAGGAAGGACAGGAGGCAAGAGAUGGAUGGAAGGGUUUGUCCUCCAGUGGACGGCCUCAAGUGGAGAUACACCCCCCCUGGAAAGAGCAAGGCUGGCGCGGAUGUUCUCCCCAAUCACUGCUAUUAUUGGGCCGCUUUCUCCCGUUGGUCCGCCUUUUUCAUCAAGAAAAGGUUUCCAACUGUUACUCUGGGCAAAAAUCGGUCCAAGAGGAACAAAAUUGCUGCUAAGGCGCGAACCAACUUGGAAGGGAAAGAGAAGCUUUCAUCUGAGGAUCUCAGACACCAAAUAACUCUCUCCCAAUCCAGGCGUGAAACACAAGACAAAUCUGGUGAACGCAGUUUCCACUCUAAAGCCCCUAAGAGUUCUCAUCUAAAGGAUUCCCAAGGGACCAGGAGAGAAACAGGUCAAGGAGAGGAUGAGGAGGUGGAAAGUCAAGGGCACAUAUCAGUACAUAAGAGGAUGCGCAAAAAUGCGUCCCAAAGGUUGGGACCCAGGACUGAGGAAUCUGGAGAAAAUUCUGGGGGGCACGGCAAUGAAGAUGCCGGAGACAUCCUCAAAUUGAGAAAAGAACUGGAGGAACUAAAGAGGCAGGUUGACAAGGACGGGUCUUUCGGGCCCACAGUAGAGAUAAUUUCUCCCUUUACUGCCAGAGUGAUGAAAGCUCAACUGCCCAGGGGUAUGAAAGCCCCUGAAAUCCGUUAUAAGGGAGUCACCGAUCCCAAUGAUCACUUGGCUACGUACCAAACUCACAUGUUGAUGCACGCCGUGGAGGAUGAGAUCCAAUGUCGCCUCUUCGUAGGAACCUUGGAAGGGCCGGCCGUAAAAUGGUUCCUCACUCUUCCUAAUGGGACCAUUGAUUGCUUCAAAGAUAUUGCUCAACUUUUUCUCAACGCCUAUGGAGGAAGGUUCCAGCCAAAAAAGCACUUCACCCAUCUUUUCUCCUUAAAGCAAAAGGAGGGAGAGACCAACGGUGAAUUGGUACAAAGAUGGAAUGAAGCAAUCAAUGAGGUGGAGCCUAUGGACGAUAAGACUUCCAUUGCUCUAUUCAUGAAUGUUCUCAGGUCGGGGGAAUUAUUCAGGAAGUUAGAUUAUGAUACCCCUACUUCUUACAAGGCUAUGAUGGCUAGAGUUAACAAGUUCUGCGCCACGGAAGAGUCGGAUCGCCUGAAAGGAAAGAGCGAGGGAGCCUGGCAUAAAGGCCCGGACAAAGAAAAGAAAGGAGAAAAGACCAAGGCGGCCACUCUCUCCAUCCCUACCCUCAAGUCACUGGCCGCACCAGUGGCAGAAAUUGAGAGCAAGGAGGAAGGUGGGCAGAAGAGGAAACGUGGAGAUCAAAAGAGAAGGCAGUGGCCCUAUGACCCAGAAAAAUAUUGCAACUUCCAUAGAAGGCCUGGACACGCCACUGAAGAAUGCCAUUUCCUCAAAAAAAUGGAAGGAGAGAUGAAGGACAAGGAACCGAAUGCCAAUCAAGAGCCGAACCAAGGAGGUAAUGUUUGGCGUAGGGACGCCCAACCUCAACAGCAAGUCCAGGAGAACCCGGAAGAAUUUCCCCAAGUACGAGUCAUCUUUGGCGGUCCAGAAACAGGAGUCACAGGCAAAGAGAGGAAGGAAUGGGCUCGCAAGCUGUAUGUGGGGUCCAUUGACAUAGGCCAAGCAGCCAAGAAAGGAAGGAGGGAGCCCAUUGUCUUCUCGGACGAAGAUUUACCAUUCAUUCUUAGUCCUCAUCGGACCCCCCUGGUAAUUUCUAUGGCUAUUCACAAAUUUUUUGUCAAAAGAAUUUUGGUGGACACUGGAAGUAGUGUCAAUGUGCUGUACUGGGAAGCCGCCCAACAAUUGGGAAUCAGGAAGGAAGAUCUCACAAACCUUAACAUGCCCUUGUCUGGCUUCACUGGAGAUAUAAUUGAACCGGAAGGGUCCAUUAAAUUGGACAUCAUCAUAGGCGAGCAUCCUAAGGUGAGGCAUAUGAGGAUGGAUUUUGUAGUGGCCGACAUCAAAUGCGCUCACAAUGCCAUCUUAGGGAGGCCUGGGCUAGAGGACUUGGGAGGUGCACUAUCCCUUGAACACCUGUGCCUCAAGUUUAGGACUCCCGAAGGUGUUGGGAAGGUGCUUGGUGAUCAGCCCGCGGCCAAGAAGGCCUAUCUAAGCGCUUGUAAGAAGAUAGACAAGGAGAACCUCAACAUCCAAACCAUCGGGCAUGUUUUGGAAGAUAAAGAAAAGAAGGAGGAAGACCGGGAGAGGCCCAAGCCAGCGGUGGAAAUGGAGGAAGUGGUGCUAUUCCCGGAAGGGGAUCAAGAAAAGGCAUAUUUGAGCUCUCCACCGGUCCUCUCCAAGCUAUUGGCAGGGGAUGUCCUUUUCUUAUACUUGGGGGUGGCCCACCUGGCAGUGAGUUCGGUCCUCUUGAGGGAAGAAGAACGAGUCCAAAAGCCAGUUUAUUACACGAGCAGGGCCUUAAGAGGACCGGAAACAAGGUACACUCCCUUGGAAAAAUGUGUUUUGGCGGUGGUGGUAACUGUCAAGAGGUUAACUCCCUAUUUCCAAGCUCACCCAGUGAGAAUCAUGACGAACCAGCCUUUGGGAGCAGUUUUGAAAGACCCAUCUUCUUCAGGAAGGGUCAUUAAGUGGGCCAUGGUCCUCUCUCAAUAUGAUAUUUCUUACCAGCCCCGUUCUAGCAAGAAGGGCCAGGUCAUUGCAGAUUUUAUAGUGGAGUGCACAGCAAGAGGGAAGCCAGAAGAGGAUGGGACCGGUCAGGAGAGAAAAAGGGAAUUAUGGGAGGUCCAUUCAGAUGGAUCCUGCACUAAAGACGGUUCAGGAGGAGGAGCGGUCCUCACCUCCCCUGAAGGUUUCAAGGCUUAUCAUUCCUUUAAGUUCAUGUUUCGGGCCACCAACAACGAAGCAGAAUAUGAGGCCCUCAUUGGAGGAAUCCAAAUUGCCCUAUUCAUGAAGAUAAAGCACAUUCACCUUAAAUCCGAUUCAAAAUUGGCCAUCGGACAGCUAAAAGGAGAAAUGGAGGCCAAGGAAGGAAGGUUGAAGAAAUACAGGGACUGCGCCAAGACUCUACUUGGACAAUUUGAGUCUUAUGAGCUCAUAUAUGUUCCAAGAGAAGAGAAUGAAGAGGCGGAUAUGCUUGCUAAAUUAUGUAGGACCAUUCCCAUCCACAUGGAGGGUAUGGUAAGGCAGCACGAGAGGAUCUGUCCUGUUUGGGAAGAGGCGGUCCCUGUCCUCGAGAUAUCCGGUCCAGGAGAGACUCCCUUUGCCUUGGCUUAUGGCUUUGAGGCAAAGGUACCUACGGAGGUCUUGGUCCCUAGCACAAUGGUGGAAACAUACACUCCAAGCCUCAAUGAGCAAUUGGUGGAAGUGGACUCCCAUUUCACUCAAGAAAGGAGGGACGACGCGGCAAUAAAGGCGGAGGAGUACCAACGGCAAUCCAAAAGGUAUCACGACAAAAAAGUUGUACUUCGGGUGUUUGAAGUAGGAAAUUGGGUCCUACGUAAAAGGGAGAAAAGUCAGCCCACUAAAGGAGGAAAAUUAGCCCAGAAUUGGGAAGGACCGUAUCGUGUGGAGAAGGUGGUGCGUACAGGAACCUAUCAGUUGGCUACAUCGGAAGGGAAGGCAUUGGACAAUUACUGGAAUGUGGAGCAUCUCAAAAAAUUCUACCAGUAAAAGCUACAUGUUCAAGGUUCCGUCCUCCCAUAAUUUUUCAAGCCUCUUUUUUAAAGUUUUCUUUUUCCCUUUUGUUCAAAGAGAAUGGAUUGUACUGUGCUUAAUAUGAAGAAGAAAUUUUCCAUUCAUCAUCAAUUGUUCCGGCCCAUGAGAUAUUUUUUAAAAAAAGGGGGGGGGAUCGAUUCCCCACAGUAAAAAAUACAGUUAGGA